AUGUCGAGUUCCAUCAUACUGUCGUUCAAGUCUCUCAAUGUGGCCACUGCACAGGACUUCUCGGAUCAUGAGGCCAUCUACCAAGCAUCUUACCAGUACUUGGCCAAAGUGAAGGAGUUCAGAGACAUCCAAGCUGUUCACAACGUCAUUGUAUCUUUGAUCAACACUGAUAGAUAUUACAAGGCUUUGGAAUUUCUCAAGCAAGUGCCAGAAGAUAUCCUUCUGGAGUUUCCAUUGGAGAAAGCGUAUAUCUACUACAAGACUGGUCAUACCGGGCUUGUUGAAGAAAUCUACAAGGGUAGCAUCACUUCCUCCGAGCUCAGUGACACUCUGAAGACAGCAAUCAAGCAUGUGAUGGCGCAAUGCUACUAUCAGAAUGGCAAGAUGGCAGCUGCCUUGAGUUUGUAUCAUGAACUUAUCACACUCAGUAGCACCGAUCUCAAGUUGGACAUCGCUUGCAAUGAAAGAGCCAUUCUUUCUCAAAUGACCAAUGAGUCUGUUGCCAAUGAAACUCCUUUGCCCGUCAAAGAGUCAGACAAGACGUAUGAUUUUACAUUCAAUGAAGCUUUGAUUGCAUUGAGAAAUAACGACAUAGAGACUAGCUUGAGAUUGUUGAAACAGGCUUCUUCCAUGUGCACGGAACAAAACCUUGAUUCGGAUCCCGCAGACUUGAGUGCCGAGCUUGCUCCUAUUGAACUAGCAUUGGCGUUCGUGUACCAGGUCUCUGGCCAACAUGCCCAAGCCUUAUCGACCUUGAAAGAUUUGGACCUAGAGAGUGUUUCAGAUCUGUUGACAAAGCAGAUCAUUAAAAAUAAUUUGAUCUCUCUAACCACCGCACAACAAAACAUGAACUACACUGCCCGUGAAUUGAAUUUCAAAGAUAUCUUGCACCUUCACAGAAAUAAGAUGACCCGUGCUCAAUUCCGCUCGUUGGUGAAGAACCACAUCUUGUUGGAGUAUCAGGGUAAAACCUUAUCCAAAACUUCUAAUUACUGCAGCAACUCGUUCUUGAAAAAGUUUGCAGAGGAGUUCGAUGGCGAUGUCUUUCCUUCCAUCAUGAAAUUGUUGCUCAGACUCGACAUUUCUGCUGAGGAUUUGAACGAUGAGGGCAAAUAUAAGUCAGUCUCCAAAAAAAUCUAUAAGUUUGCGUUAGCAGAGCUUGCAAACACUCAAUCCAGCGAAACUCUCGUCUCUGCAGCUUUACUUCUAGUCUUUGUCAAUUCCAAGUCUUCCAAAUUCGAUCAAGCUAUCCACAUCUUGGAGCAAACUACCAAGCUGGAGCUCGAAUCUGACUCCGUAAACUUCCACGCCGCCAUCUAUAGUGCUCUUGUCACUUUGUAUGAAGCAACAAAGGCACACAACAAAUUGGCUGCUUUAUACGCGUCGAUGAUUGAAAAAUUUGAGAAGCUCAGUGCCGAGGACUUGUCAAAUGAAAGGGUCUAUGGCUUUGUGCGCAAUGUUGCAUUCAGACUUGUCAGUGUAGAUUCGCAAAUCGACUUGUCGAAUAUAUUCAGAGCUUUGCGCACCGCUCAACCAGAAGAUAAGAGUAUACAGAGUAUUAUUGACCGGGAGAACACUCUUUUGAAUGAAGAAUUUGCCGCAGAUGACGAUGUGGAGGACUUAUUGAAAGCUAAUCUUGAUGAUUUGAUGUCUAAAGUGUCGCAAACUCGUCCUUCGACAAGAAAGAACAAGAUCACUCCAUUUAAGAUCACUAAGAAAACACAAAAGCCUAAGUUCUCCAAAAGCAAGGUUUUGAAGGCAGAGGGCGACUUCGACGCAGAAAAAGAUUUGGAUCAAGAAAGAUGGCUUCCAAUGAAGCUCCGCUCCUACUACAAACCAUCGAAAAAGGAAUUGAAGAAAAAGUCUGGAGGCCACCAAGGAGCCGUAGAGCUGUCUCCAGCUCCAUCUACAAACCAAAGUGCCUCGAGUAAAAAUAAGCAAAAGAAAAAGAAGAAGGGAAAGAAGUAA